AGUCUAAUUUCUUUAUAAAUUUUGUUUUACUAAAUGCAUAUACGUUUUUGUUCAAUUUGGAUUUCUGUUGGCUAAGAAUUCUCUUGCUUUGCCCAUCCGUAUGUAAAUUGUGUUAAAUGAACUUAUCGUUGGGUGUUAACCAUAUAUAGUGGGGUCAGGGCCUUACAACUUAUGUAUCUUUUGCAAGUUGCGAAUACGUAAUAAUUAGAGGCACAAGAACUGCACUUUUAGAGGUAUAAAAGGCAGUUCAGAUCGCAGUUCAUGUCAGAUUUUUUAGAAUGUUCAGUAUGCGGCUCACCUUCUUCUUACUGGGUAUAUGGACUGUCCUGGGAUGUGUUUUGGCGAAUCCUGUGAAUGAGGAUCCUGCUGCUGCAGCAACACUAGAUGAUGUGGCUGAUUUGGGUGGUCAGGAAGCGAAGGAGGGCGAUAGACCAGCUCGAUGGCUGAGCGGAGGUUGGGGAGGCGGCUGGAAUACAGGAUGGGGAGGAGGAUGGAGUGGCAGCUGGAAUGGUGGAUGGAAUGGAGGCUGGAACAGUGGAUGGAGUAAUUCCUACAGCCCCUGGAGAAGCAGCUAUAGUAGUUACUGGUGGUAGCAGUCCCAAAACAGUAGCUUCCCCAAACUUGGUGCCAACUUUUGAAUAAAGUGAUCA